AGAAUAUAACGGGACUACAAUUAUUUUUUGCAUAAACCCGGCAAGCUUUUUUCUCUUGUAACUGACGGCAGUGUACAUUUACACGUAAUAUAGUACUCACCGUUAUAGAAAUGCCGGUGGCGGCGUUUACGAUGAUGCAGGCGUCUUUUAUGAUCAUCCUUAUGGUGUUUCGUGCAGUCAUAGCGGAGACGCAUCACAAUAACGUGUGUACAUCCGAGUCCUGUAAACAGACUGCUAAAAAGUAUCUCAGUCGAAUCGACUCCAAAAUCAAUCCUUGCGAGGAUUUUUUCCAAUACUCAUGCGGAAAAUGGAUCGCUUCUCUUCCCGCGGAGAUUGAAACUAUCGACGAAUACGACAUUCUAACCGAGGAAAUGAAUAAAGUCAAACAAGGGCUCUUAAGUAGCGAAAAACCCGCAACAUUCGCAUCGGAAACGAAAGCCAGAACUAUCUACCAACAGUGUGUAAAUCAAGAAAGCGACGGAGCUGAUUCGAAGCCGCUGUUAGACGUGAUGAUGGAGACCAUCGCCGGAUGGCCUUUAUUGACUUCAACCUGGGAUGCAUCGACCUUCAACCUCCUAGACGCCAUGGUUAAAACCACGCCCUACGAGGUGGAACCAUUCUUUUCCAUCGAAACUGUGCCGAAUCCGGAUUAUCCACGCAGUAAUGCCAUUUCCCUCUCAAUGCCGAGUCGCUUCUUGCGCCUGAUGAGCAACGAAAAUAUGACGAGGGAGAUGCUCAAUGAAACAUAUAUCGGUAUGAUUGUGGGCGUCGCCACGGUAAUGGCUGGACAAACCGACAGUACAGUGGAGCAGGAAACACUCCAAACAGCAGCGGAAGAAAUUUUGGACAUUGAGAAUCGAUUAAUUUCGGCAACUUGGGAAACUUACGCGAACCCCGAAGCUGAUUUUUAUCUGACUCUGAACGACAGCACCACGUACUUCCAGUCGGAGUCGCUGCGCCGCCUCGGUGACUACAUCAGUGCGCUGUAUGGGGACUGCACUUUCUGUCUGGAAGGAACGACGGCGGUGAUGAUCCGCAACCCAACGUACCUCCGCAGUGUAGACGCAAUUAUAGCGGAAUUGGAGUCCUCCGAUGACGAAAGCAAACGCCGGCUUGCCAACUUUAUCGGGGCGCAGUUUAUCGUCGAGUUUGCACAGUAUCUACCAAAAAGCGUGAUAACCGCAGCGGAGAAUCCUUACAACCCCGCUGCAGAGGAGGAAGCGGUAUCGGAUGAAGAGCGGUGUGUGGGCGUGGUUACAAGAACGAUGCCGCUGGCUGUAGCAUUGAUGUGGAUCCAAGACAAAUCUUACGAAGGAGUUAAAAAACAGGUAGAACAAAUGGUGCGCGACAUUACCUUCGGUUUUCUCGACCUGCUGGUAAGUGUUAACUGGAUGGAUGACCGGACUAAGAUCACUGCCAUGGGAAAAUUGUCGGCAUUGCUUUUCGGGGCGGGUUACCCGGAUGGAUUCUCGCCGAACACCAUGCUAGUGUCCUCCUAUUACCAAACGAUAAUUCCUGGAGAAUCAUUCUUAGCCUCCAUGCUGCAAGCCACUAAAGCGCUGAAGCAGCGGCGUUUGUAUAACAUUAUGCGAUAUAACAAUCGCAAUGACGCGCUGGAUGGGGAUUUGUCAAUCAUGGAAAUGGGGCCGAUGUACCGGCCAGGUACCAAUUCAAUCACGAUUCCGCUGGGAAUUCUGCAGCUGCCAUUCUACAGCGCCGAUGGCCCUCAGUAUCAGAAUUAUGGUGGCCUUGGUUCCCUAAUUGCCCAUGAGGUCACCCACGGAUUUGACGAUUACGGUGCCGAGUACGAUGGUGACGGUUUCAAGAACAACUGGUGGACCAAUGAAACUGCUCGUCGCUUCCCAGUAGCAUUACAAGGGAUGAUUGCCCAGUACAGCAGCUACCGCAUGCCGGGCGGACGAAUGGAUGGCAACCGCACCGUGGGGGAGAAUAUCGCUGAUAACGGCGGACUGCGUGCAGCUUAUAAGGCUUAUGCUCGAUAUGUCAAGCGACUGGGUCAUCCCGAGUCUCUCCUGCACGGUCUGGAGAAAUUCCGUCCUGAGCAGCUGUUUUUCAUUUCGGCCGCGCAGAUCUGGUGUAAUAAAAUGUCGAUGGAGGCCCAGGAAGCGUGGAUGGAAAGGGAAACACAUGCGCCGUCGAAACUGCUAGUGAACGGGGCGGUGUCUAAUAUUCCGGAAUUUUCACAAGCGUUUGCCUGUUCGGCUGGCUCGCACAUGAACCCUAAAGUUAAAAACAUUGUCUGGUGAUGAACAGAUGUAAAUUGUUAUCUUGAUAAGCUAAAUGUAGCGUCCAGACGCUACAUUUUAUGCCAAUGGUAUCCGUGCGGCCGUUUAAUCGGUUAUGGAUACCCCGCUAAGUCGCAAUAAAGGGGGAAGGAACGUUU